AUGCCGGGAAUUUUGCCUAUGAAGGUGAUUAAAAUGGGAAACACCUCCCAGAGCCGCAUUGCUCAAGCCUGUGAUCGGUGUCGAAGCAAAAAGAUUCGAUGCGAUGGAGUCCGUCCCUGCUGCACACAAUGCAAGACUGUCGGCUUCGAGUGCAAGACCAGCGACAAGUUAAGCCGCAGGGCUUUUCCCCGCGGAUAUACUGAGUCAUUGGAAGGCCGCGUGCGGUCGCUUGAAGCUGAAGUUAGAGAAUUAAAGAAUCUUCUAGAUGAACGAGAUGAGAAAAUCGAGGUGCUCUCGCGUAUCCAUUCGUUCAAUUCGCCUCGUCGAAAGGCAUGCUCACCUCAGUCUUCUACUGCUUCAGCAUCAGCAGGAUCAAUACGGGAAGCUUCUCAGUCAAUGACUUCUCCAAGAGAAAUAGCGACUUCUACAUCUGAAGCAGACACUGUUAUUGCAUUUCAGCAUUCCGCAAAGCUUACACCUUUUGCUGGGCCAUCUAGCGUUCGUGCCUUUUCUGCGACACUGACAGAAAAAUUAAAAACACAAGGUGUAUCCCCAUCUUCCUUCUCAACAAAGGCUUUGACGGCAUUCCCGGCUAGGAACUAUCAACGCACGCCGCAGACCCUGAAAUCACCGCCGAGAUUGGUAACGGAUCAAUUGGUCAACAUCUACUUGCAGGAAUGGGCUCCUCUAUAUCCUGUAGUACACCGUCCUUCCAUUCUCAAAGCUUUGGAUCACUAUCUUGCGGACCCAUCUUCGUUGAAAGAACAGCCUCUGACAGUCAUACAACUCAAUCUCAUUUUCGGUAUCGCCGCAUUGUCCUCCAAGUCGAGAACCCAUCAAGAUCCAACAAUUUUUGAGCCAAACUGGUACUCUCAGCUUGAGUCCUUUUGUGGAGACAUGUCUGUGCCUGUUGUGCAAUGCAUGGUUCUAGCUCAGAUGUACUUUCUAGCCAAAGGAGACUACCAAUCUCUGAAUCGAUAUCGCGCUCUUGCCAUUGGCACUAUACAGGCUCUUGGGCUUGACCGAAGUCAAGGUCAUCUGGCUCUUGAUCCCUUAACCACUGAAACCCGUAAGAAGGUAUUCUGGUGCCAAUAUAUUUUGGAUCGUUUUGCCGCUGCUCUAACCGGACUGCCACUGAUGCUGCUCGAUAAACAAAUCAGCACCGAGCUUCCCGCAGACAUUGACGAUGAGAACGUCACCACGACUGGAUUUCUUCCAGGUUUGCCUGACGAAUCCACUCGAAUGUCAAGUACUCUUGCCUUAUUGAGGGCUGCUAUGGUUCUCGGGAAAGUCGUCGAAACGCUAUACCCCCCGGCAGCUGGUUACGAAGUAUACAUGUCCAAGGUACACGAACUGUCAGAGGAACUAGAUAAUUGGAAGAAAGAUCUUCCGGUCCAUCUUCAAUUGGUUUUCCUUCAAGAUAAACCAAGUACCAACGUAACAGACAGCCGGUCUCCUUUAUUGUCUUUGGUAUAUUACUUCAUACGGAUAUUAAUUCACCGUCCUGCAGCUUGCUUUGGCAGCCUCAAUGUUAUGAGCCCAGCUAUGAUGACUCUACUCGACGAACGAACCUUAAGCCUAUCGCUCUCCAUCAAUCGCUUGGAGGUAGUCUAUCUCUCAGGUCUCGGCAUUCUGUGGCAAAAUACGAGUCUCAAGCGCGAUAGCAAAUUGGUUCAAGAAAGCCGUAAGAUUGUGUCAGCUGUUAAGACGCAACUUGCGUUGGAGUCCGCCGCUGUAGCGACAGAGUUCCGUAUUCUUUCCAAUAUUAUCAAUGGAGCCGACAGUCUGCCGUCUGGUGUUUCAGAGAAUGUUGUACAAACGUCGCAGUCCCGUCCUAAUGUGGAUACCAGUGCAAAAAUGUCGAAAGCCGAGGCGCCAUCGAGGAGGAAUACCAUUUCAAGUUUCAAUUCUACACAGAAACAGCCCCCACAAUUACAACAACGAGCUGGUUCUCGCGACCAAAGUAAUGGUGGGAAUGUUCGAAUGGAUCCCCCUCAUACACUUAACAAACACAAGUCAUUCGAUUUAUCGUCAGAUACAACGAAUGUGGACUACUAUCCUGUCAAUCCGGGUGCAGCUCGCUCCAUGUCCACUACAGAUGUCUCCAAGAUGGCAUUAUCAGCAGCAGAGUGGGAAUGCAUACUCAGUGAUCUCGACCAGGGCAGUCUGAACAUAUUUAACGGAAUCUAUGGCGGGCAAAAUUGUGCUGGCCAGGCAGGUCCAUUUAGCUCGGUAAAUACUACUGGGCGCAACCAACACCAGAGCCCAUCGCCACAUGUGCCAGUCAUGCCACAGCCCGUGCGCCUUAUUCCACACAAUACCUCAUCCGGAUCUUGGUCUGCGAGCAAUAGUAGCGAUGUUUCUCGAGUGCAUGAGAUUGCGUCGAGUUAUCCUUCCGAAGAUGCUGUAGGAGGUGCAGACCAUGCUACUUCUAUCAAGGAUUAUGGAUUUCCACAGUCUCUUCACAUGGUUGACCCGGUAAAAGGAAUCAUGAUCCCUUCGGCUGAGGAAGACCUUGUCGAUCUCGGUCUAUUUGAUGGGUGGGAUCGUUCACUUAUCACUUAG